UUCAUGUUUACACUGUGAAUGCAGCCAGAAAGAGAAAGACAGAGAGAGGGAGAGGCUGGCCCGACUGACUGAUAUUUGACAGGAUACAACACUACACACACACACACACACACACACACACACAUACACACACUCCUGUAUUGCCAACAGUGACUCACCCAGUCACAGUCACACCAACCUUCUCAUACUAUUACUGCAAAUGUGCUUUUUAUUUUUAUUUUUAUUUUUUACAUAGAUUACAAAGAGGGGAUUUUCAGAUUUAAACAAUCUUUACGUAUCAGAGAGGGAACAUCCACUGACUGCAGCAAAACAGACUGUAAUCAUAACUUCUAAGAGACUAUUACAUCUUAGUAUUUCAACUUUUACUUUAAUGUGUAAGAAGGUUAUUACAAAACGCUGUCAGUAUUAUAUGACAGUUUAGAUCACUUCCUGCUGUUUUUAACCAGUAAAAUAAAAGUUGAACAGACUUUGAGGACAAGUCGGAGAAAUAUGAAUCAAACAAGGAAACAAAGAUGAGGGUGGAGGAGCUGCUCCCCGUCCUGGAAUGUAGAAAAGCUUGAUGACUCCUCCCUGUGUUGUGUAACGACCAUAAAGUUGAACCUUUAAUAAGACGCUCACAGGUGAGUCACAGUCAGACAGGCUUCGUCUCUGAGAGGUGAAAUGGCGCAGAAAGGAGUUCAGCUGAACCGGGAGACCUUCUGUUGUUCCAUCUGUCUGGAUCUACUGAAGGAUCCAGUGACUAUUCCCUGUGGACACAGCUACUGCAUGGACUGUAUUAAAGGCCACUGGGAUGGAGGGGAUCAGAAACCCGUCUACAGCUGCCCUCAGUGCAGGAAGACUUUCAGACCGAGGCCCGUCCUGCUGAAGAGCACCAUGUUAGCAGAAUUAGUGGAGGAGCUGAAGAAGACUGGCCUCCAAGCUGCUCCUGCUGCCCACUGCUAUGCAGGACCUGAAGAUGUGGCCUGUGAUUUCUGCAGCGGUAGAAAACUGAAAGCCUUCAAGUCCUGUCUGCAGUGUCUGGCCUCGUACUGUGAGGAACACCUCCAGCCUCAUUAUGAAUCCCCUACAUUUAAGAAACACAAGCUGGUGGAGCCCUCCAAGAAGCUGCAGGAGAACAUCUGCUCUCGUCAUGAUGAGGUGAUGAAGAUGUUCUGUCUGACCGAUCGGCAGUCUAUCUGUUAUCUCUGCUCUGUGGAGGAACAUAAAGGCCACGACACGGUCUCAGCUGCAGCAGAAAGAAGCGAGAGGCAGAAAGAGCUUGAGGUGAUUCGACUCAACAUCCAGCAGAGAAUCCAGGACAGAGAGAAAGAUGUGAAGCUGCUUCAACAGGAGCUGGAGGCCAUCAAUCACUCUGCUGAUAAAGCAGUGAAGGACAGUGAGAAGAUGUUCACUGAGAUGAUCCGUCUCAUGGAGAAAAGAAGCUCUGAGGUGAAGCAGCAGGUCAGAUCCCAGCAGGAAACUGAAGUGACUGGAGUCAAAGAGGUGGAGGAGAAGCUGCAGCAGGAGAUCAGAGAGCUGAAGAGGAAAGACGCUGAGCUGAAGAAGCUCUCACACACAGAGGACCACAACCAGUUUCUACACAGCUACCCCUCACUGUCAGCACUCAGCCCGUCUACAUCCAGCAUCCAGAUCCGUCCUCGCUGCCGAUUUGACCAUGUGACAGCAGCCGUGUCACGAGUCAGAGACAUACUGCAGGACGUCCUGAGAGACAAAUGGACAGACGUCUCACUGACUGAAGUGGAUGUUUCACUGCCGACAGCAGAACCAAAGACCAGAGCUGAGUUCUUACAGUAUUCAUGUGAAAUCAUUCUAGAUCCAAAUACAGCACACAGACUGCUGUUAUUAUCUGAGGGGAAUAGGAAAGUAACAUUAACGAGUCAGCAACAGUCAUAUUCUCAUCAUCCAGACAGAUUCACUGCAUGGCCUCAGGUCCUGAGUAGAGAGAGUCUGAAUGGACGUUGUUACUGGGAGGUGGAGAGAAGAGGGAGAGGAGUUUAUGUAGCAGUCUCAUACAAUGACAUCAGAAGAGCAGAGGGGCCAGAGGACUCUUCGUUUGGAUAUAAUAACAAAUCUUGGGCGUUAAAUUGCUACAAAUGCGGUUAUUCAUUUUUGUACAACAAAGUCGAAACCCGCGUCUCAGGUCCUCGGUCCACCAGAGUUGGAGUGUACCUGGACCACAGUGCAGGUAUUCUGUCCUUCUACAGUGUCUCUGAAAACAUGACACUCCUCCACAGAGUUCAGACCACGUUCACUCAGCCACUUUAUGCUGGAAUUCGUCCUUAUCAUUUUGACGGACACUCUGCUGAGUUCUGUGAACUCAAAUAAACAGAAGUGCUUUAAGGCAGGUGGUCUCAACCUUUUUCAGACCCCUGACAAGACAGAACAUACUGAGGACCUCUCAUGUGUCCUUGUGAAUAAUUUCACUUCUGUCGUCUUUACCACGUGAGACAAAAACACAAAUGAACUGUAUUAUAAUGAUUUUAGACAAUUGUUAAACACUUUGGCUGAUUAUUUUUUUGAUUGGAACAUUAUUAAUUAUUAAUCCAUGUGAGCACAUGCUUGUUUAUGUGUGUGCGAGCACCUAUUGUCUUUUUCAGAUGCUUCAUCACUUUAACAUUAAAGUUGAGUUUUAAUGUUUACAGUGUAAAUGCAGCCAGAGAGAGAGAGAAAGAAAGAGGCAGUCCCGAGCUGACACUAAUUGCAGAGUCACUGACUAAUAUUUGGCAGGAUACCACUGAACACACACACACACACACACACACACACACACACACAUUCCUACAUUGCCAACAGUGGACUGUCACUCCAUCCUGACCUCUCUUUUGGGUAAUUUUGAAAAACAGAGUAGAAAUUUUAAUUUUAAGGUCUUUUCUCGUAAUAUUAUUGCAAAUGUGCUUCUUAAUGUUUUUUGUUUCUAUUUCUUUUAAUAAGUUACCAAGAGGGGACUUUCAGAUUUACACAAUCUCUUACUAUCAGAGAGGAGUUGUCCACUGAUUGCAGACAAACAGACUGUAGAUCAUUAAAUGUCUAGUUGUAAUGGAGUAUUACACCGUAGUAUUUCUACUAUAAUUCCCAUAUGUCAAGAAGUUCUUAUAAAACACUGUACGCUGUUUUUAACCAGUAAAUUAAAAGUUGAACAGACUUUGAGGACGAGUCGGAGAGAUAUGAAUCAAAAGAGGAAACAAAGAUGAGAGUAGAGGAGCUGCUCCUCGU